ACUACAGAUGCACAAACCAGGAUUAAGUGCAUGAUGUGAAACAUACAGACUGUAUACUACUUAUACAUUGAUUUGUCUUAAUGUUAGGCAUGUUGUUGAAGUAUUACUGAUUAUUUAAGCAUGAAUUCUUCUGAUGUUGUUGAAGAUCAGCUUCUUUUUAAUGAAUCAGCAAAUGCACCUGACUUAACCGCUGUGACUAUUUCAUAUCUAUUAUGUAUUUUUGGUGGCUCUUUGUCAGUUCUCAUAAUGUUUGGAAACCUACUUGUAAUAAUCUCCAUUGUUUAUUUCAAACAGCUCCACACUCCUACAAACUUCCUGAUGCUCUCUCUGGCUGUGGCUGACCUGCUAGUUGGAAUUUUAGUUGUGCCUUUUAGCAUCAUAAUUGUUGUGAGCUCAUAUUGGCGUUUUCAUUAUGUACUCUGUAAAGUACGAGGCAGUUUGGAUGUGAUACUGUGCAAUUCUUCCAUUUGGAACUUGUGCUUCAUUUCUGUUGACAGAUAUUAUGCAGUGUGUCAGCCUCUGAGAUACAGAACUAGAAUAACUGUCCGUGUCGUUGGGAUCAUGAUUCUAGUGUCCUGGACUAUUGCCACUCUAAAUGCAGUUAUUUUCACCAUCCAGGCCCCAGAUAAAGGACCAAAAAUCAGGAAGUGUGUUUUAUUUCAACAUAAAGCACAGAGUACAAUGACUGUGGGAGGUUUUUUUGCAUUUGGCUUCCCAGCUAUCAUAAUGUCUUCAAUCUACCUAAAGAUUUUGACGGUAGCACAGAAACAGGCACGCAGCAUCCAGAGCAUGGCAAAAUCUGGUGCAACUGUCAGUAAAACGGAGCGAAAGGCGACUAAAACUCUGGCUAUUGUGAUGGGGAUUUUUCUCCUGAGUUGGACGCCUUUCUUUCUCUCCAUCGGCUUUAAUCCUUUAAGCAAUUAUGUGAUACCAGUUAAUGCAGUUCAGUCAUUUAAAUGGCUUGGAUGGUCAAAUUCAAUGUUAAACCCGUUUGUUUAUGCCUUCUUUUACAGCUGGUUUCGAUCAGCUUUUAGGAUGAUCAUUACGGGAAAAAUAUUUAAAGAUGAUUUUUCUAAUUCUAAACUCUUUUGAUGUAUUAUUCAAUUCACUGACAUCUGAGUAAUCAGGUCUGGCAUUAAAUUUGAAUACAUUAUGUCUUAGAUCUUUGUAUUCAUCUCAUAUUAUUAGACACACAUUUUUGUCUCUUUGUCUUUUUUUGCAACACAAUGUAUACAAAACAUCUUGACAAGUAACAUGUUUCUGUCCUUAACAAUUGAAUGUGUCAGUGCCUCUAUAAACCUAAUAUUUACCCGUUUGACUGUGUAUGCUGUAUUGCCAUUCUGCGCACAUUCAUUUAUAAAGUGAAUACAGGCAGACAAUUCUUGUUG